UUCAGGGUUUUCAGGUUUUGUUCAAUAUUUUUCUUUUGUUCCCUGGGUUCUAGACGUUCUGGAAGGAAGAGCAAUGGCUUAUCAACAAAGAACUAGACAAGUGUGCUACCUCCUCUUGUUUUCCCUCGCAUUCUCAUCAGUUUUUUCCACUGUCGGUAGUCACGGACAUGGUCAUUCUCAUGGCGAACAUGACGUAGAGCAUGGAAAAUCAAAAUACUUCGCCUCUUCCAAUGAAGAAGAAUCAGAAAAUUCUGAAGCUGGAAGUGGCCAUGCCUCUAGUCCGCAAUCUACCGGUGGCCCUGCCUCGUGGAAUACAUGGCUGGAUGCGAUAGGAGCAACGGUAGUGAUCAGUGCUUGCCCGUUCUUCAUCCUCUACUUGAUUCCGAUUCAAAGUGGAACAACUGCUCAAGAUAGUGCACUGCUGAAGGGGCUGCUGGGCUUUGCCUCGGGUGGACUGCUGGGUGAUGCACUGUUGCACCUGAUUCCGCACGCCCAGAUGGCCGGCGGCGGCGAUGACGGACACUCGCAUUCUCACUCGCACGGUCACUCGCAUGGCGGUGGCGACAGCAGCAGUGAAGGUGGACACAGUCACGACAACUCCGUCGGCCUGUGGGUCCUCGGUGGUAUGGUAGCUUUCUUAGUCGUCGAGCUGGUUGUACGGCAGCUGAGGGGAGAGGACGGGCACGGCCAUUCUCAUGGACCGGCACCACCUAAGGAAGCAAAGCCAACAGACGAGAAGAAAAAAGGAGGAAAGGACACUAAGGCAGCUGCACCUCAGCCGCAAGAAAUCAAAGUCGCUGGCCUCCUCAACUUGGCGGCCGACUUUUUCCACAAUUUCACGGACGGCCUUGCCAUCGGAGCCUCCUUCCUUGUGAGCCGCCAAGUCGGCAUGGUCACUACCGUCACAAUUUUCCUGCAUGAGAUUCCUCACGAGAUCGGCGACUUUGCCAUCCUGGUGCAGUCCGGCUUCUCCAAGAUGUCCGCCAUGCUGCUGCAGCUGAGCACGGCCACGGGGGCGCUGCUCGGCUGCGUGUGCGGUCUCAGCGUGCACCACCUCGGUCAGUCCCUGACCGUCGGCAUUCUCCCGUUCACCGCCGGCGGCUUUAUCUACAUUGCCACAACGUCCAUCUUUCCUGAGCUGCUGCAGGAGAAGCGCCCGUUGCAGUCCGUGCUGCAGCUUCUCGCUAUGUUUGUAGGUAUAGCCAGCAUGCUGCUCAUCGGGAUGUUUGAGUAGUAGCAACCUUCAUUCUUUGUAUGCAUAGGACAUUUUUAUUCACUUUAACCUCUCACCCCGGUUUUCGACAUCCUUCUCCUUGUGUGUGUGUGUUUGUGUGUGUGUGUUUGUGUGUGUGUGUGUGUGUGUCCUCUUUGUCUUUUUGUUCCUUUAUAUUUUUUAUCCCGGGUUUACGUAUUUAAAACUUUGAAUAUCUCUGGAGAUCUAUUCCACAGGAGGUAUCUAUCGCUGUCACAUUGUACAAAUUCUUUGUCCCAAGUAUUUGACUACACAUA